AAAGAAUUUCCCAUUGUUUGGCUCUCGGAGUUAGUAAUGCACUUAGCCGUCUAUAUAACUCAUGAUGCAAUGACAUCGCCCGUUCAACUUUCCGUCAGCGACUUUUUUUUUCUGUUGCGUUUCGGUGCUCAUUGUUGGUACAUCGCUUUUAGGACCAUAUCCCCUCUCCAAAAGCGUGUACAGAAGGAGUCCAUUUUUUUCCCUUUCUAUUCUAUCCUAUUCUCCAAUUGUGGAUUUAAUUUGACUUUCUUCCCAUUUUCCCUGUAUAUAUUCGCAUAUACAUAUCUAUACCUACUCAGCUACAUCGGCUGCAGAUACCCGUUUUUUGGAAUCAUUGAGCAUCAUCUGACAACUUUCAACUAUUUUUAUAAUUGACCGGAAAAGUCACCAGAUACAGAUUCUGCCGCUUCUCUACUCCUAAUCUUACAUUUAAUACCCAACCGUGCAUUUAUUUCUCUGAUUUUCGACUCUACGACACAUACGGAAGAACUCACGAGGCCGAUUCCAAGAUGGCCGACGAACAUCGUCAGCUUGAGGCACAGUCCAAUGCCGCAGCGAAUCCGUAUAAUCACGCCGUGGCUUCGGAACAUACGCUACAUUCUUUGGACUCGACCUCGACAAGUGAUACGGAUGUGUCAAGAUGGGGCGAACGUCACGAAGGAGAGGCGGUUUCCCGUCGGGGUGCGAUGGAGGACUUCGAAGAGAUGAGAAGAGAAGUGACCAAGCUCAGUCUACACCGAACCCGUUCAGCCAAAGAGACUCCUCGAUUGCGCUCACGGGCCUCGGCCCGGGACGAAGAGAAGGCCAUUGAGGAUGAACAGGCUUCGUCUGCGAGUGAUUAUCAAGGUGGGUUCGACCUGAGCGAGUUUCUGAUGGGCGGCCACCUCGAGCGGCGAACAACGGCAGGAGAACCGGCAAAGAAGGUGGGUGUAGCCUUCAAGAAUGUCACGGUGAAAGGUGUCGAGACGGGUGCCUCCUUCGUCCGGACUCUUCCUGAUGCAGUUGUGGGAACUUUUGGUCCCGACUUGUACAAGAUCAUGUGCCGGUUCGUACCAGCUCUCCAUAUUGGGAAGCGUCCUCCCGUCAGGAACUUGCUCCAUGACUUCAGUGGAGCCAUUAGGGAAGGCGAGAUGAUGCUCGUACUUGGUAGGCCCGGGGCGGGCUGUUCUACCUUUCUAAAAGCGCUUGCCAAUGACCGGGGUGCUUUUGCAGCUGUGGAGGGCGAGGUCAGCUACGGUGGCCUCUCAGCCGAAGAGCAACAUAAGCAUUUCCGCGGCGAAGUGAACUACAACCAGGAAGAUGAUCAGCAUUUCCCGAACCUCACUGUCUGGCAAACGCUGAAGUUUUCCUUGAUCAAUAAAACAAAGAAACACGAUAAGGACAGUAUCCCCGUCAUCAUCGACGCACUGUUAAAGAUGUUCGGCAUCACCCACACGAGGAACACGCUCGUGGGUAAUGAGUAUGUCCGUGGUGUGUCUGGCGGAGAGAGAAAGCGCGUCAGUAUCGCGGAAACGCUUGCGACCAAGUCUUCUGUUGUCUGCUGGGAUAAUUCCACUAGGGGAUUGGAUGCUAGCACGGCUCUUGAUUAUGCUAAGUCGCUCCGCAUUAUGACAGACGUCAGUAAGCGGACGACCUUGGUCACUCUGUACCAAGCUGGUGAGAGUAUCUAUGAACUAAUGGACAAGGUCCUCGUGAUCGAUGAGGGUCGUAUGCUUUACCAAGGCCCUGCCGACAAAGCAAAACAGUACUUUGUAGAUCUCGGGUUCUAUUGCCCAGAGCAAUCUACAACUGCUGAUUUCCUCACUUCACUUUGUGACCCGAAUGCUCGCCAGUUCCAGCCGGGACGUGAAGCGUCAACACCAAAGACCGCUGAAGAACUUGAGGCUAUCUUCAAACAAAGUGACGCUUAUAAGCAGAUAUGGACCGAAGUAUGCGAUUACGAGAAGUUGCUUCAGGACACCAACCAGGAAGAUACCCGCCGCUUCCAGAAAACAGUGGCCCAGUCAAAGAGUAAAACAGUUUCGAAAAAGUCUCCUUACACGGUCUCCAUUGUAAGGCAAGUUGCAGCUUGUGUGCAGCGAGAGUUUUGGCUCCUGUGGGGAGACAAGACCUCUCUUUACACCAAGUACUUCAUUAUUGUCUCUAACGGUCUCAUUGUCUCUUCCUUAUUCUAUGGCGAAUCAUUAGACACUAGUGGAGCUUUCUCGCGUGGUGGUGCCCUGUUCUUUUCGAUUUUAUUCCUUGGUUGGCUGCAGCUAACAGAACUGAUGCCUGCGGUUUCUGGGCGUGGUAUCGUCGCGCGUCAUAAGGAUUAUGCCUUCUACCGUCCAUCUGCUGUGUCAAUCGCUCGAGUUGUGGUGGAUUUCCCGGCCAUCUUCUGCAUGGUCGUACCGUUCACUAUCAUUGUCUAUUUCAUGACGGGACUCGAUGUGGACGCCUCCAAGUUCUUCAUUUACUUCUUGUUUGUGUAUACGACUACGUUCUGCAUCACGUCCCUGUACCGCAUGUUCGCAGCACUAUCUCCGACCAUCGAUGAUGCUGUUCGGUUCGCGGGUAUUGCUCUGAACGUGUUGAUUCUGUUCGUCGGCUAUGUUAUUCCCAAGCAAGGGCUCAUUGAUGGCUCGAUUUGGUUCGGUUGGCUAUUCUACGUGAACCCUCUUUCUUACAGUUACGAGGCAGUCCUUACCAACGAAUUCUCUAACCGAGUUAUGACAUGUGCUCCUUCGCAACUGGUGCCUCAGGGUCCAGGUGUGGAUCCAAGAUACCAAGGUUGUGCUCUCACGGGGUCCCAGCUUGGCCAGGCAGAAGUCGCAGGCAGCCGGUAUCUUGAAGAAAGUUUCCAGUUUACCCGGCACCAUUUAUGGCGCAACUUUGGCGUCGUCAUCGCUUUUACGGUUCUGUAUCUCUUGGUCACUGUCAUCGCUGCUGAAGUCCUCUCGUUUGUUGGGGGCGGGGGAGGCGCGUUGGUCUUCAAGAAGUCCAGCCGUUCCAAGAAGCUCAAAGCGCAGAAUGGCAAAGGAAAUGAUGAGGAGCAGGUACAAAAUACCGAUAAUAAUGCAGCAUUGUCACGCGGAGCAGCGAAAUCAUCUAGCAACGCCGAAUCUCUCAACCGUCUUUCGGCUAGCGAUCGGAUUUUCACCUGGUCGGAUGUGGAAUAUACGGUGCCAUAUGGAAAUGGAACCAGGAAACUUCUUAAUGGUGUCAACGGUUACGCAAAGCCAGGUCUUAUGAUUGCUUUGAUGGGUGCUUCCGGAGCAGGCAAGACAACCCUCCUCAACACCUUAGCUCAGCGUCAGAAGAUGGGUGUGGUCACCGGCGAUAUGCUCGUUGACGGCCAUCCCCUCAGCACUGAUUUCCAAAGAGGUACUGGUUUCUGCGAACAGAUGGAUCUUCAUGACAAUACCGCGACCAUUCGGGAGGCCCUUGAGUUCUCGGCACUUCUUCGUCAGGAUAGGAAUACUCCUCGUCAAGAAAAGCUAGACUAUGUCGAUCAGAUUAUCGAUCUUUUGGAGUUGGAGGAUAUUCAGGAUGCUAUCAUUGGCUCUCUCAAUGUCGAGCAGAAGAAGAGAGUUACUAUCGGUGUCGAGUUAGCUGCAAAACCGAGCCUUCUUUUGUUCCUGGAUGAACCCACCAGCGGUCUCGACAGUCAAGCGGCAUUUUCGAUCGUCAGAUUCUUGAAGAAGCUGUCCCGGGCGGGACAGGCCAUCGUGUGUACAAUCCACCAGCCGUCGUCCAUGCUGAUUCAGCAGUUUGACAUGGUUUUGGCUCUUAACCCUGGUGGAAAUACGUUUUAUUUCGGAUCCAUUGGUCCUGAAGGCCGCGACGUGAUCAAGUACUUUGCUGACCGCGGCGUUGUUUGUCCACCAUCGAAGAAUGUUGCAGAAUUUGUCCUUGAAACUGCAGCGAAGGCGACUAAGAAAGAUGGCAGAUUUAUAGAUUGGAAUGCAGAGUGGCGCAAUUCUGAAGAGAAUCGCCGCCUUCUGGAUGAAAUCCAGAAGAUCAAGGACGAACGCAGCAAGAUUCCAGUUGCUGAGAAGGGCGUUGGAUACGAAUUUGCUGCUCCUACAUGGACGCAGACCGUGCUACUCACUGAGCGGCUGUUCAGACAGUACUGGAGAGAUCCGUCGUACUAUUAUGGAAAGCUGUUCGUCAGUGUUAUCAUUGGUAUCUUCAACGGAUUCACCUUCUGGAUGCUCGAUAAUUCUAUUAGUAGCAUGCAAAACCGCAUGUUCUCCAUCUUCUUGAUUAUUCUUAUCCCACCUAUCGUUUUGAACAGUGUGGUUCCCAAGUUCUACAUCAAUCGUGCCCUUUGGGAAGCCCGUGAAUAUCCCAGCCGUAUCUAUGGAUGGUUUGCAUUCUGCACCGCAAACGUCGUUUGCGAAAUUCCAAUGGCAAUCGUUUCCGCCCUUAUCUAUUGGCUCCUGUGGUACUACCCAGUUGGAUUCCCCACGGACUCGAGCAGUGCUGGAUAUGUCUUCCUCAUGUCGAUGCUCUUCUUCCUAUUCCAGGCCAGUUGGGGUCAGUGGAUUUGCGCCUUCGCCCCGUCAUUCACUGUCAUCUCCAACGUCCUCCCCUUUUUCUUCGUUAUGGUCAACCUGUUCAACGGUAUCGUCCGCCCGUACAGGGAUUACCCAGUCUUCUGGAAAUACUGGAUGUACUAUGUGAACCCAGUGACCUGGUGGCUCCGAGGCGUGAUCUCAAGCAUCUUCCCCUCUGUCACCAUCGAGUGUGCGUCGAAGGAGGCCACUCACUUUAACCCUCCCCCAGGUUCCACCUGCCAACAAUAUGCGGGUAAUUUCGUCUCCAAUAUCGCCGGUGUGGGAUACCUGGUUAACCCGGACGCCACGCAAGACUGCCAAUACUGUCCCUUUGCCAGUGGUACGGAAUACAUGCACACGCUUAACGUUAACGACGGUGAUAAGUGGCGGUGCUUUGGUAUUUUCCUAGCCUUUGUCAUUAUCAACUGGGCUCUGGUCUAUUUCUUCAUAUACACUGUCCGUGUGAGGGGCUGGUCCUUUGGAGUGGGAUAUCUUUUCGGCGCACUCGGUAUGACCAUUGAUUGUGUGAAGAAGGUCUUCUCCAGGAAGACUGAAAAGGCACAGAUCUAGUUGGUAUUUGCUAUCCUAUUUCUGAUAUCUCAAGGUAGAGGGAACCCAGAAACAAACACACCAACGAAAAAGAGAAAAAGAGAAAAAAAGAAAAAAGAAAAGGAAAAAGAUACAGUGUGGCCGCGAGUGAUAAAACCGAAAG